CAAAGAUGAGGAAGGGACUGAAAGUUUCCGCUCAGACUCCAGUAAAACUGCAGAUCCGGAGCCAAUGAGACGACACGGUGACCACGAAGAUGCUGCUGUCCCGUCAGACAGCAACUGUAAAUCAAAGCUGACCAGGACCCACACGGGGCAGAAGGCGUUUUCUUGCAGCACUUGCAGGAAAGAGUUCAGUAGAAGUUGUAAUUUAAUGGAUCACAUGAAGAUCCACACUAACGAAAGGCCCUAUCUGUGCGACACCUGCAACAAAACCUUUACUAGAUCAUCACAUCUUAAAAGCCACAUAUACACGCACACGGGCGAGAAGCCCUACAUCUGCAAAACAUGUGGAAAAAGUUACAGGCUACGUUCCACCUUGGUGGUUCACUUGAGGAUCCACACCGGCGAAAAGCCGUACCUGUGCAACACCUGCGGCAAAAGCUUUAUUAGAUUAUCAAAUCUUAAAAGCCACAUAACCAUACACACGGGUGAGAUGCCCUACAUCUGCAAAACAUGUGGAAAAAGUUACAGGCUAUCUUCCCACCUGGUGGUUCACUCGAGGACCCACACCGGCGAAAGGCCGUACCUGUGCAACACCUGCAGCAAAACCUUUGCUGAUUUAUCACAUCUUAAACGGCACAUAACCACGCACACGGGCGAGAAGCCCUACAUCUGCAAAACAUGUGGAAAGAGUUACAGGCUACGUUCCACCCUGGUGGUUCACUUGAGGACCCACACUGGCGAAAGGCCGUACCUGUGCAACACCUGCGGAAAAACCUUUACUAAAUCAUCACAUCUUAACCGUCACAUAACCACGCACACGGGUGAGAAGCGAUAUUUGUGCAAGACAUGCAACAAAGGUUUUAGCCGCAGAAUUGAUUUGCUGAGUCACAUGAACAAUCACCCGGAGGAGAAGUCUGGUGACUCGUGACAAAUGAAGCUCAUGUUGUCGUCCUCCGGGGGCAGCUGUCCACUCCUGUCUGACCCACAGAAGAAGAACCCGCAGAAGUCCAACCACCACCUCCUGUGGCUGAUGAGCCUAAUCCCCUCCCCACAAGGGUUGCAGGUUCAACCCGGAUUUAUGCUUCUCCGUCAACUUGACGCAGAGGGAACGAUGUGGCU